AUGACGAUCGUGCUGCCAGGAGACGUCGUACCGGUGGCUUCGAGCUCAGCCAUCAAGCUGGGGCCAGGGAUUUUACCGAGCGUCUCGUCAGCGUCACAGUUAAGCGCGAUUCGAGCCGGCGCGUUAGGCCAGAUCUCGUCGUCCUCCUCGACGCCGACUUGCGAUCGCGAUCGAAAAGACCAUGUCUACUGGGUGGAAACUAAUACAACACGCUACGUGGCAUCUGCCUCGGACAGCGUGAUUGGUCAGAUCACUAACCGGGGUGCCGAAUCUUAUACGGUGUCGCUGUUCGGUGCGCACUCGGCUACGCUGCCAGCGCUCAGCUUUCAAGGCGCGACCAAACGGCAUAAGCCGAAUCUGCGCAUCGGCUCACUCGUCUAUGCACGUGUGGUCUCCGCAGACCGAUUUACAGAACCGGAAUUGACUUGCGUCAACCCAGUCACUGGAAAGAGCGAUGGCUUCGGCCAUCUAAAGACCACCAACGAACGCGGAGAGCGCUCAGGCUGUGCAAUGCUCGUCAGGUGUUCCGUAGGUUUGGCUAAAAGCCUCUUGCGCCCAACUCAUACAUUGCUCAAACAGAUCGCAACGCACUUUGCUUUCGAAGCGGCCGUAGGCGCCAACGGUGCCGUAUGGAUCCGAGCGGAUCAUCCAAAACACGUCAUCGCCGUCUCGAAAGUGUUGCACGCCGCCGACUUGCAUCCAACAUACCUCCAUUCUGAACACGCUGCACACGAUACCACGCACAACGUCGAGGUGGAUGCGCAACACGUGGUCAAACACAGAGCUGCAAAUCUCGACGCCAAGACGGUGCGGUCGUUGGUCAUGGAGUUUGUGUAG